AUGGCCACACCGGAUAGCAAGUCCCUCUCGAACAGCAGGCUCGAUACGAAAGAUGCCGGCAUUGCAGAGACUGCCUCGCCUGUGGGUACCAUAUCAGACGUCGAGAGAGCGACGGCCAAGGCAGCAUAUCGAAAAGCGGACAAGCGAAUCUUGCUAUGUUACUCGUUCGUGUAUCUAAUCAUGCGGAUUCAUGUCAGCAACAUCACCAAUACCGCUAUCAUCAACAUCGAAGAAGGGGAUGGGAUCAAACAGCAGCUCGGUAACCUGAAUAGCGAGCAGUGGGCGUGGGGACCUGUCCAUCUUCUAUUAGCGUUACAUGUUCGCCGAGUCAGCUUCGACAAUGUUGCUGAAGCACUUCUCUCCUUCGAUUUGGAUGUCGAGGAUCAUGGUCACCUGGGAGAAUAUGCUGAUAUCCACCCAGGCAUUAUAUCCAUGUGCCAGGGAGCGAUACAGAACUAUGCCGGUAUCCUGACUACACGGUUCUUGCUUGGACUUGCAGAAGCAGGGUACUACCCUGGUGUUUUGUACCAUCUCCGCUUCUGGUACCCUGCCAAAAGUACUCCACUGCGCAUUGCAUUCUUCUAUGCGUGUGGACAAUUUUCUGGCACGACCAGCGGACUUUUAGCAUUUGCGAUAUCGUACAUGAAUGGUGUUGGCAAUCUGGCUGGUGGGCGUUGGGUCUUCAUCCUCGAAGGUAUUCCCGCCAUUCUUUGUGGCGUGUAUACUUACUUCAUGCUGCCAAACAAUCCCGAGACUGCGAAGUUCUUGACCGAAGACGAGAAACGAACGAUCUUGGACAACCUGCCCAAGACUCAGCCCUCGUCGACAUCCAAGACCUGGAACACAGAGCAGGUCAGAGCCAUCUUCACAGAUCCAACUACGGCCACCUUCACGUUGAUCUGGAUCUUCCAUGCCAUCGGCGGAUGGGGCGUCCAGAAAGUGCUACCAACCGUCAUCCUCGAGCUUGGGCUGACCGACUCUGCUGUCACGCAACUGCUGACGAUGCCAACUUAUGCAUUUGGCUGCACGUCCCUAGUCUUGAUCGGCUGGACUAUUAAACGUCAGAAAGUCUGCCCAUGGAUCGCUGCCAUGGCGCUGGAAGUUCUUACGAUGAUCUGCUAUAUCAUCCUCAUCGUCGUGAAGUAUUCGAUCGCGAAAUAUGUCCUGGUGACGCUGGCGACAGCCUGCUCGAUUUGCAUAUAUCCAAUCCUUUGGCCGGAGCGUAUUCGAGUAGCGCACGGAACGACAGCUGCAGGUUUGACAAUUGGCCUGACAAACGCUGCAGCCCAUUUCAACGGCAUUCUUGAUCCGCAAGUCUACCAACCUAAGUCUGGACCGAGCUACAAGGUCAGCUACUCCGUGUCAACAGGGCUGCUGGCUGGUGCUAUCGUAUCUAUUGCGGUGACUUGUGGUAUUUGGUGGCGAGAAAAGAUCGAGCUCAAUCAAAGGCGCAGUCUCGACUGGAGGAGGUGA